CGAGAGACGACGCAUAUGGCAAAUCUGAUUCUCUAAUUGGAGCUAAAAAUUCUGCGAAUUAGACGAAUAGGGAAGCCAUGGCGGUUAACUCAGCUACUAAGAAGAAAUCCUCAGAGAGAAGCGAUGCUCCGAUUCCCAAAUUGUUCAAAAAUCCAAAAGUAGCAGCCGCUUUCGCUCUGUUUUGCAUUGAUGCGAUCCUCGUUGCUUUUAUCAUCGCCUACGUACCUUAUACCAAGAUAGAUUGGGACGCUUACAUGUCACAGGUAAGUGGCUUUCUUGGAGGAGAAAGAGAUUAUAAUAACUUGAAAGGUGACACUGGUCCUCUGGUUUAUCCAGCUGGGUUUCUGUAUGUCUACUCAGCUAUUGAGUAUAUCACAGGAGGGGAGGUCUAUCCUGCUCAGAUUUUGUUUGGAAUAUUGUAUAUGAUAAAUUUGGGAAUCGUUCUAUUCAUUUACGUGAAGACCAAUUUGGUUCCCUGGUGGGCUCUUAGCUUGCUUUGCCUGUCAAAAAGAAUUCACUCAAUCUUUGUGCUUCGUCUCUUCAAUGACUGUGUAGCCAUGACGCUCCUUCAUGCUGCAGUAGCCUCAUUUCUUUUCCAAAAUUGGCACCUGGGGCUGAUCAUUUUCAGUGGAGCUGUUUCAAUAAAGAUGAACAUUCUCCUUUAUGCACCAUCUUUAUUACUUCUCAUGCUAAAGGCCAUGGACAUCAGUGGGGUGAUAACAGCUUUGGCAGGGGCUGCCCUAGUUCAGAUUCUGUUGGGGCUGCCUUUUUUAGUUGCCCAUCCAAUUGCAUACUUGUCAAGAGCCUUCAAUCUUGGGCGUGUUUUCAUCCACUUUUGGUCUGUAAACUUCAAGUUCAUUCCUGAGCCAGUUUUUGUAUCGAAAGAAUUUGCAAUCUCUUUGUUGAUUCUUCACCUCGUGCUACUUACUGCUUUUGCUCAUUAUAGGUGGUGCAAGCAUGAAGGUGGACUGCUUAAUUUUUUACGGUCCAGAGUUGUCUCCAUGAAGCUAGCAAUUUUUUUCCCAACUUCUACCAGGUCAUCCUCUAAAAUUCUCAAGGAAGAGCAUAUUGUGACGACUAUGUUUGCUAGUAACUUCGUUGGCAUUAUCUGUGCUCGUUCGUUGCAUUACCAAUUCUACUCUUGGUAUUUCUACAGCAUGCCUUACCUAUUAUGGAGAACACAUUUUUCUACAUUGCAACGUCUGAUUCUGUUCAUAGGGGUUGAGCUUUGCUGGAAUGUCUAUCCCUCAAACAUUUAUUCAUCUGCUCUGCUUCUUUUCCUCCACUUGGUUAUUUUAUGGGGUCUGUGGCGCGCGAUUCCUGAAUAUCCUUACUUGGAAGGGAAGUUGUCUACUAAAAAGGACAAGUGAAGUACCAACCCCCUUUUCUUUGUAAGAAAAAUUUUAGCCAGUGUAGGAAUGCCAUGCUUUCUAGUUCAUGAAAUAUGUGUAACAAAUAUACACGCCAAGAGGAAACAAGCAUACCAGAAUCCAUAUUUAUCUGUUGCUGGGAUUUUUUCUUCAGAGCAGUAGUGUUAGUCUUGUUGGCAAAUUGUCAUGGUUCAUAGUCGAGGUUGAGGGCAUGACUGAUGUAAGUUGAGCCCUGUACGAUUGUAAAAUUUGAUACUGGAAAGAUUAGGUCCAGAGAAUGCUCUUUAAGUUUUCUUCUGCGGUGUCACAUGGAUUCAUGAUGUGGCGAUAAUCAAAGAGUUGGAUUAUAUGGACGGUCAGAUCUUCUUGUAAAGGCCAUGUUGCAGGGGGGUCUCAUUCUCAGCCUCUCCUAAAGUUUUUAGAAAUUCUUCGAUGAUUUCUUCUGGAA